AUGAAGUUCACGAUACUCGUUUUGUGCGUAUGUCUUCUGAAAAUUGCGAAUUCUUUGAAUCUGAAUGAUAUCAAAAAGGUACGUACUAAUCCAACUACUAUUGCUACAACUACCACAAUGAAACCUACAACUACAACAAAGACUACAACAACAACUACAGUAUACACUUCAACCACCAAACCUGUAGAGCAUUCUGUUGUGGAUCCUGGACCAAUGUUGAUUGACUGUCAAGAUGCAUGUCCCACUGGAUGGCAGUAUUAUAAUUCGAAUUGUUACAAGAAAUUCGAUUCUGGUGUAACGUAUUCUCAAGCUGUAUCAGCGUGCUCCGGCCUGGGAGCUCAGCUUGUUACAAUUGAUAACUUCGAUGAGAAUGAUGCAUUGAGAAAAGCAUUUGACACGAAUACACUUUUCUAUGAAUCACAAGAGACAUGGAUCGGUUUGAAGUUUGUGAGUGGUUCCUGGACAUGGUCUGGUGGUUCAGAAGCAAGUUAUAUAAACUGGGCACCAACUCAACCUGCUUCCGGGCAGUGUGUUCAGAUGAUAACGGAUGCAUUAAUCAAUGAGACGUAUAAAUAUCAACGUGGCGGAUGGAAAACUUACGAUUGUUCAAAGAUAUCUGCAAGUUACAUUUGUGAACGACCAGCCGGAUCUACAGAAUUAUUGAAGGCUACCACUGUUGAAAUAGAUUGGGAUUGA